AUGGCAACUAAGCUCGAAACACCCUCCACCGACCAUGAAUGGGCCGGGUUCAUCUCAACCAUCAAAGACGACCUGCCCGCUGCUCACACAGUAUACCACACACCACUCCCUCAUGGCGUCUCGCACACCAUCGACCACACACAACUAGCACCCGAUGCCACACCGGCACAGAUCGACUCACUAUGCGCAGAAGCACGUGCGCACAAAUUCGCAACUGUCUGCGUGCGACUGCCGUAUGUUUCGCGCGCCGCACAUGAUCUGGCAGAUAUCAAAAACGAAGUAGGGAUAGCCUGCGUGGUGGGGUUCCAUGAGGGCACGCACUCGACGGCCACUAAAGUGGAAGAAGCUACCAAGGCCGUGGCCGAUGGUGCCACCGAGUUGGACAUGGUCAUUAACUGGCCGAUGUUGAAACAAGGGAAAUACACAGACGUAUACAAUGAUAUUCACGCCGUGCGGCGCGCCGCCCCAGGCCCCAAGACAAAACUGAAAGUGAUCCUGGAGACAUCUCAACUCUCGCGCGACGAGAUUAUAGCCGGAAGCGCUAUAAGUGACAUGGCCGGUGCCGACUUUGUGAAGACCUCUACGGGUUUCAAUGGCGCUGGAGCGAAUGUUGAGAAUGUGCAACUCAUGAGAGAGGUUGUAGGCCUACUGGGGAAUGGGUGCAAAGUCAAGGCCUCGGGCGGUAUUAGGACAGCGGAGGACGCAAUUGAGAUCUUAAAGGCCGGCGCGGAGAGGAUUGGGGCCAGUGCUGGAGUGAGGAUUGUCAAAGAGUUAACGGGGAAUGCGUUGCGCCCGAACGCAUCGACGCCUAUUGGUGGUGAGUAUUAA